AUGACAACUCUACUCCAAUUAUUCACUUUAAUUAUUUAUUUCUCUAAUAUUAGCUGCUUUAUAAUUGAUAGCUGGAACAUUGCGUUCACCUGCGGAGAUCGUCACGUUGCAAAAGCUGAUCUACGUUUAUAUGAAUAUAAAGAUGGAGGCUUCCACAAAGAAAUUUCGAGUUUUCAUGGUGUGACAGACAUUCGGGGGCAGUACAAACUAAAUGGAGAUAUUUUGAAAUCGCUGAGAUUUGACACACCUAGUGCUGAAUAUCGAAUCAUGAUCAAGGACAUGUGUGGAUUGGACAAAAUAGAAUGUAACCUACCCCACAAUCGCUUCGAAAUCUCUCUAAACUCCUUAUUUUCCAAACGACAACACACUGUGGACCUGAGCCAUUCUGAUUGGGAGCCGUUCCGUGGUACUCACUGCUCUUAAUAAUCUAACUUUUAUG